CGCUCUCCACUUUAUGUCGUGUUCCUGUUUGGUGUAUUCACAGCAUGGCGCGUUUGGAUUGCUGGUGUCUUUUCUGGCUGGUCGUUUUGGUGCAGGGCGCUAAUUUUGCCUUUGCUCGGUCAGCGGAUGUGAUUAAGAAAUGCGACGACGACACGAUGAUUUUGUCAUUUGCUGGUUCUCCUCUUGUUUUUCUCCAGAAGACAAGAGGAGGACUUGUAAAGGUGACCAAAGAUCUCCCAGGAAUUGUCCUCCGUGUCACAUCUGGCCGCACGACACUAAAUGUCCCCUUUUCUUCAUUGUACGCUCACGUGUCUGAGCAGGGCUCCCAGUAUGUCGUGAAUAUUGCUGUUGGAUCACGAUCAAAUAUGAAAACCUUCACCUGUCCUAAGCCAGCUCGCCGAUCUGGGAGUGUUGCUGACAGGUGCACCGUGGCAGAGGGUGAGAAGCUCCCUUGUGGAGGGUCUUCAUCCAUCACUCAAGCAGACUGUGAAGCCAACAACUGUUGCUACGAUUCAAGCAGCAGCACCAGUCCAUGCUACUAUGCCAAUGAUGUGACUGUGCAGUGCACCCUGGAUGGCCAGUUUGUGGUGGUGGUGUCUGAGAAUGUGACCCUUCCUCCCCUGGAUCUUGCGUCCAUCCUGUUGGUGGACAGCAGUUCCCCCAGUUGCAGCCCUGUGACCAGCCUGUCUAGCUUUGUCAUGUACCAGUUUCCAGUCAGUGCCUGUGGCAGCACAGUUCAGCUGGCUGGUGGAAAUGUGACCUACCAGAACACCAUGUCUGCUGCCAUCACUGUGAGCAGUGGUCCAGAUGGCUCCAUCACCAGGGACAGUGUCUACAAGUUAUUCUUCCAGUGCACCUACUCGGGAAGCCAGGAUGUGCAAGUGGAGGCUGAGGUGUAUACUGUGGCGCCACCUCUUCCAGUAGUAGAGCAAGGGCCGUUUGACCUGGAAUUGGUCAUUGCAACAGAUUCCUCCUACGGCUACUACUAUGUAGAUGCAGACUACCCAGUGACCAAAACUCUGAGGGAUCCUGUGGCUGUGGAAGUGCACAUCGUGAACAGGACUGACCCAAACCUUGUUCUGACUCUUGGGGACUGCUGGGUCACCCCAGGACCUUCUGCCUCCAGCCAGCCACAGUGGAGUCUUCUAGUGAAUGGAUGUCCAUACACGGGGGACAACUAUUUGACCAGCUUGGUGACAGUGGACAGCACAUCUGGAGUGGCCUACCCAAGUCAUUACAAGAGAUUUGUGUUUGAGAUGUUUGCUUUUGUGGACCCUGUAGCUCAGCAAGCCUUGGCUGAAAAGAUCUUCAUCUACUGUGUUGCUGCUGCCUGCUAUCCCUCUGCCACAGACCCUUGUUCUCAAACUUGCCCCUUUAGAAGAUCUGGCAGAGCUGCAGACAAGGUGGAACUGAUGGCUCCUGCCAGGAAGAAUGUGCUCCUUCACAGUGGUCCUGUAAUCUUGGAGGCUGACCAGGUGGAAACUUCCAGAAUUGAGCAGAAAGCCUCUCUUCCCACUGGAUACCUGGUGUUAGGAGCUGCAGCUACCCUGGUGAUGGUGGUGCUCAUUUUGGCUGUACUUGCUGUAAGAAGGUUGAACUGGAAAAAUGUGAAUCAGAAAUGUUAAUAAAACUUGGUGUUUUGAUUUACA